AUGCAAUUGAGUGAACGAAAGGAAGGAGCCGACAUGGAUGCCUCGUCGUCGUCUGCGGUGGCGGACGUGUCCGAUAUCCUCCACGAGGAGGAGGAAACUAUCCUCCCGAGAGAGGAUGAGUCCAAGGUUGCGGACAGCAAUAUGGUUGGGGCGGACAGUAACAGCUCCAACACAGUGCAGCAGCAGCAAGAGGACUUGGAUCUUCUUACAGAAAAGACUCUUGAGAUGGACAUUGCAAUGUUCCGAGCCAAGAGCGCAUCUCUGAAACCUGGAGCUGUCUCCGUUGACGAGCAUGGUACCGAAACUACACUCGUCACACCCAAACCUGUUGCCAGGCGACCACGAUCCCCGCUUGUACUAGGAUUUCCACGUGGUCGAAGGGCGACGACAAGUACACAAGGGUGCAACCGUUCCACUGCAUUCGAAACUGUGGGGCGAGUAGUAUACUCCGCCUUCACCGGCGUUCCUCCAAUCCAGCCAAGAGAACAGCAGCCCAGAGCCUUGGAAAGCCAAGAAGAACGUCGACAUGUGGAUGGUGUGACCGGAGCGGAGCCCUCGGCACUUCCACCGACACAAACGUUUCCGAGUUCAGCGCAGACUUCUUGCAUCGAAGCCAUCCCGACAGCUACGCAGUUGGCGACUCUCCUCCACGUUCCCGAUGGUGAUGAUCAUGAUGGCACGUUGGAUGUGUGCAUCAUGCGGCACAUUCCUGGCUUUGUCGGCAAUAGUCAUCGCCUCGUGGAGGCACAAGCUGUACCAGACGGAGAAGCUGAAGACGCGACUCAAGUAGAUGCUGCUGCUGAUCAUCAUGGUGGAAGACUGGCUAUCGAGGAGGCCGAAAUUGUGGGCCACGUCUUGGCCCCCACGAAUUUUGUGAGCAUACAUAUGGAUCAAUCCUAA